AUGGCGGCCAUGGCAGGAAGGUUGCUCCGGACUUCGCUUGUCCAACAUGUGAGUCCCAUCUCUUGGGGCAUUUCUGCUGCAUCCCUUAGGCCUGCUGCUUCUUGAAGAACAUGCUUGACAAAUGCAUUGUCUGGCUCUGGUCAAGCAAAGUUCGCCUUUAGCACCAGUUCCUCAUACCAUGCCCCUGCCGUCACCCAGCAUGUGCCCUAUUUUAAGGGUACAGCUGUUGUCAAUGGAGAGUUCAAAGAAAUAAGCCUUGAUGACUUUAAGGGGAAAUAUUUAGGGCUCUUCUUCUAUCCUUUGGAUUUCACCUUUGUGUGUCCUACAGAAAUUAUUGCUUUCAGUGACAAAGCAAAUGAAUUUCACGAUGUGAACUGUGAAAUCGUUACAGUGUCAGUGGUUUCCCACUUCGCCCACCUGGCCUGGAUAAACACACCAAGGAAGAAUGGCGGUUUAGGCCACAUACAAAUCACGCUCUUGUCAGAUUUGACUAAACAGAUUUCCCAAGACUACGGUGUGCUUUUAGCAGGUCCCGGCCUUGCACUACGAUCAAGCCCCAUCCGACGGCUUCCAAAGAAUACUUUGAGAAGGUAAAUCAAUAGACCAUCCCAUGUGCACCUGCAGCUCCCCACACCAGAAAAGAACCACAGCUGGAACUCACUUUUAGCAUUUCAAAGAUUAUUAUUUAGAGAAGGCAAAAAAACAAUUAUGCUUGUAUUCAUAAAUAUUACUCUAAAUGUUCUGUUUUUGUAACAUUGGCCAAGGCUUUUAAAACGUGGUUAGUUACUAACGUAAGGAGUCAUUUAUUGGCAGUGUAUGG